AUGGAAAUUGUUCAUUUGUGCGUGGAUUCUACAGUGAAGGGUUGUCGCCGGUUGCGUGUUUCGUCGUGGUCAGCGAUCUUUCGAGACGACGACGAAAAGAAGAAAGAAGAAAGUCGUUGCUACAAAUAUCUGCCAGUUACCGGAUUGGUAUGCGACGACGAGGAGCGAGUGACCAUGAAUUGGUUCGGUAAGCGCAACAACGGCAAGGUCCGAAUGGGCGGCAGCGGAGGCGGUGGCAACGGUAGCGCAAGCGGCAGCGGCGGUGGCGGAGAGGUGGCAAGAAACAACAGCAGUGGAAAUGUAUUUGUGCCGCCGCCAUCGUUUUCCAAGGGCAGGGUCCGUUGCAGCCACCGGCGGGCAGACGCCUCUACGUCCACCGCGUGUUUGAUG